CAGGGUGAAGUGUGCAGGAGUGAGCGCCUCGGCUUGGGACGCAAGCUGCGCUCGUCUUCUCUGCAAUGGCUGCAGGGUCUGUCACUCUGGGCAUCGACCUGGGCACCACGUCUGUGAAGGUGGCCCUGGUGGAGGCCACGCCUGGCGACCCUUCCGGGUUCGUGGUACUGGCGAGCUGUGCCCGGGCUGCGCGAGCCGAGGUGGCGGCCCAGAGCGCGGCAGCCGGGCCCCAGGGCCAAGAGCAGGAUGUGAGGAGAAUCAUCCAGGCCCUCAAUGAGUGCCUUGCUGCUCUUCCCCGGCAGCAGCUGCGGAAGGUCUGCAGCAUCGGAGUGUCGGGACAGAUGCAUGGAGUCAUGUUUUGGAAGACAGGCCAAGGCUGUGAAUGGACAGAGGGAGGGGCCGCCCCUGUGUUUGAGCCCAGAGCUGUGAGCCAGCUGGUCACGUGGCAGGAUGGCCGGUGUAGCAGCAAGUUCCUGGCUUCUCUGCCCCAACCAGAGUCCCACCUCAGUGUGGCCACGGGGUUUGGCUGUGCAACUAUCUUCUGGCUUUUGAAAAACAGCCCAGAGUCCCUGAAGUCCUACGAUGUAGCUGGCACCAUCCAUGACUAUGUGGUUGCCAUGCUGUGUGGCUUGACAAGACCCCUGAUGUCCGACCAGAAUGCUGCUAGCUGGGGAUAUUUCAACACCAGGAGACAAAGCUGGAACUUAGAGAUACUGAGGGCCGCAGGCUUUCCCGUCCACCUGCUCCCGGACAUCGCCGAGCCCGGCAGCGUGGCGGGUAGAACUUCGCGUGCAUGGUUUGAAAUCCCAGAGGGAACGCCGGUGGGCGUGGCCUUGGGUGAUUUGCAGGCCUCAGUCUAUUCCUGUAUGGCCCAGAGGACGGACGCAGUUCUCAACAUCAGCACCUCGGUUCAGCUGGUGGCCUCCAUGCCUUCAGGAUUCCAGCCGGCGCAGACUCCAGACCCCACGGCUCCGGUCGCCUACUUUCCGUACUUCGACAGGACCUACCUGGCGGUGGCAGCGUCACUCAAUGGGGGCAACGUACUGGCCACGUUCGUCCGCAUGCUUGUCCAGUGGAUGGCGGAUCUAGGCCUGGAGGUUGAAGAAUCCACUGUAUACUCAUGCAUGAUCCAGGCAGCUGCACAGCAGAGAGACACGUGCCUAACCAUCACUCCAACGGUGCUGGGCGAGAGGCACCUGCCGGACCAGCUGGCCUCAGUGACCAGAAUCUCCUCCUCUGACCUCUCCCUGGGGCACGUGACCCGGGCCCUGUGCCGAGGCAUUAUUCAGAACUUGCACUCAAUGCUUCCGUUUCAGCAGCUCCGAGAGUGGGGUGUGGAACGGGUGAUCGGCAGUGGGAGUGCGCUGUCCAGGAAUGAGGUGCUGAAGCAGGAGGUGCAGAGGGCUUUCCCUUUCCCGGUGUCCUAUGGCCAGGAUGUAGACGCAGCUGUGGGGGCAGCUCUGGUCAUGCUCCAGAGAAACUUCAACCAGCAGGAGUCCUAGCACACUUGUUGGCUAAAGGACUGUUGCAAAUUUUAUCUAACUAACAUUCCUGACAUGAUCUUGGGGCCAUCCUUUUCCUGGACAGCUCUGUGGUGAGCUUUUAAAUGAUGCUUGUUCUCAAGGCAUCAUUUUGACCAAGAACCAGCCUUCAGGAAACACUCUAGUAAUGCAGCUAGGAGUCACUGACUAGAUCCCAAAUCAGUUCCUUCUGAAAGAAACUCACCUGGGAGCUGGUUGCAAAUGUAAAGGUGGAAAAAAGAAAGAGAGAGGAAGAGAGAAAGAAAACAGAACAGCGGCCCAGCAUCCUGGUUGGCAGGGUCACCUGUGAGUCACGUGUAGACAAAGAAAAUAAAUGUGAACUUCAGACACCAAAAAAGUUUGGUGGAUAUAGGCUCCAAGAAAGAACAGAAGACCCACCCCCACCCUAUGUCCAGCUUUUGGAUUUUUUUUUUUUUAAGGACAUGAAGCCCAGAUUUGGGUUACGUGCAAUGUUGGAAAAGUCUUCCCUACUGGAUUGUACCUCAUGACCCUGAGGCGUCUUUCCCAAUCUCGUUCUUCCCUGGCCACAGCUGGUUAGCUGGGGCAGGAGGAGACUCAAGGACAGUGAUGCAGGCUGGCUAAGAUGAAGUUGCAGGGGUCUGUGCUGGCCUUCUUGCCACGUCCUUCCCCUCCAAGGAGAGCCUGCUGCACUGGGGCUGCCCCAGAUGCUCACGACACAGCUGGUUUGAAGAUAUGGAACAGGGAAGAAAAGGUGGACAGCAUGACCAGCAAGGGGGACAAGUGCUGUGUGGUCCUGUCUUUCAGGCACCAGCAGGACCCUUUUCCAGGAGUGUGUUGUGCAAGUGUGUUUUAAUCCCUGCACAUCCCUGGGAAGCCUUCCAAGGGAAGGGAUGCAGCCAGGCAUAUUCCUAUCAGAGAUAACCCCUUGUCCUGCAGGCCCCAGCUCUCCUUUCUCUUGGUGUGGGCCACCAUGUGUUCCUGGCUCAUGGAAGCAUUCCACUGGAGUUGACAUCUCUGCAGGGAUCCCAGAGCAACUUAAAUCUUCCUGUGGUUGUAGGAUGACUGUGGAAUGGCUUCCAGUAGAGAGCCAUCAUCACUGCAUCUGCUUCCACACUCCCAAGGGUGAUCCCAGGUGCCUGAUUCUGAGGUCCCCAGGCAAUGAUGAGUUUGGGAAGCAGUCACAUCUCUGUGUAGUUGCCACUCUAUGAGUUACGUGAUUGUCCAAAACUAUUAGGUUAAUCUGCCUGGCCAUGCUGAUUGAAUUUCAGAUACUAAAGCUCAUUCUUCCACAGCCUUAUCCCUUUAAUAAAACACACCUCUCCGCUUUGGGAAGACUGGCACUGCAACAGAGCUGGGUUUGGGAGGUUGGAUGUAGCCCUGGGGAUCAUUUGUAGGUUGUCCCUUGAAAGAGCCCUGCCUGCCCCAUGGUUCUUCUGGGACAAGUGGCUGCAGAUCACUCAGGAAAGUCACGUGAUUUUUCCCUCAGCCAGAAUGAGUUGACACCCUCAUUUUGAGAUGAAGGCACCUCGGGAUGGGCUGCAGGAUGGCAGAGAGCGCAGUCCAUCAGGAGGAGCUGGCUCUCUGAGUUCAGGGAGGCAGCCUGUCUUGCAUUCCCAGGAUGCUGCAGGUGAAGUCUGUAAAUAAAAGAGUUGGAGCUGGACGGGUGUCCUGCAAACCCAGGCAGCCUGGCCCAGUGCCCAGCAUGGCCCCAGCACUCUGUCCCCUGUCCACUCCACCUCUGAGGCUGAGCCUGGCACAUCCAAGCUUGUCAGCUAGCAGUGCCUGCUGCCGUUUCUAAGGCACGUGGCCCUGAGCACAACUGCCAGGGCCUCAUUUCUCCAGCCUGAAGUCACAGGCCACCCAUGGCUUCUGCUUUCAUUCCCGGGAGGUACCAGAAAGUAGGACCAGCCUGAUCCAGAUGAAGAACUGGGCCUUUAGGGCUGUCUGCCAACAUCCUGGUCUUAAAGCACGUGAUAGGCUUGCACUUUCCCACCUGAUUUACUUUGGCCAGUAAAAUGUGAACAGAAGUGUGUCACUUCCAAGCAGAAGCCCUUUGGAGCCAGUGAGAUGUGCCACAUUCACUUCCCUUUGCCAUCAGUGACCAGGGGUGUCCCCAAGAGAGGAGACUUUGCCAGGCUGGGUCCCAUGUGAGGCCAACGUGGCGCAGAGCCCUCACCAGCCAGUGAGUGACACACAGUGUGACUGAGAAAUAAACCUUCAGUGUUUGAAGCUACUGAAAUUUGGGGGCUGUUUGUUACCAUGGUGUAACUUAGCUUGUCUUGACUGCUGCAGCCCUGGUAGGGACUGUGCCUGAGAAUUCUCACCUGUAUCCAGCACAGACCUGUGUUUACAGAGCAUCCACUAGGAGCUGGGUGUUCUGUCAAGCAUGGUGAUGUGUUGUUGGAUUUCCAUCACUAGGGAAUGAAAUAACACCAUAACGGAUCUGCCCACGUGCCCAGAAGGAGGGGCAAUUCAUUCUUCAUGCAAGUGUCAUUGAGCUAAGCCUUGGAGACUUCCUGUCUAGUGGUGCUAAUGAUAAUUAGUGUUUUUUGGAGUGCCUACCAUGGACUAGAAGCUAGUCUAGACUCUACUUGUUGGAACUCAUUUGAUCUUCAAAGUGAUCCUAGAAGGUGGGUACUGUUGUCCCCGUUUCACAGAUAAGGAAACGGAGACAUGAAUGAAGUAACUUACCUAAGUUCACAGCACUGAGAUGCAAAACCCAGAGCCCACUUUCUUUAGCACUCUAGGCAGCGAGCUCAGGGUAGGCCAAUGUAUUUAUGUUAAAGUGAAUGGCCUGUCUAGGGCGUGAUGAAAUGUCUGGUAUCACUUGAUCAUGGGGUGGAUAAAAUGGUGCUGUGGGAGUUGUGGUUGGAAAUGUUGGCCAGACUGGGGAGGGUGGUGGAUGCCAGACUGAGCGUUUGGACUCUCUCCUGUAGGCAGCGGAGGGGAGGACGAGCUUCAUGGGCUUUGGGAGAAGAACUGGCAGUGUGGACUCUGGAUUGGAGAAUGGAUGUGACUGGAGGCGGGUCCCUAUUAAAGGAACCUAGAACCAGCCUGAGAGAUGGUGAGGCCAGAGCCAGCGCAGGGGCCGAGGAGUGAAGCCGGCCCUCCCUCUCACUUCCUGCCCCUGCCACACACACCCCUCCUUUGGCCUUUGACUGUAUAUACAUGACGUUUA